CUUACAUAUCCCUUGUGUAUAAGAAGCGCCCGAGUUGCUCCUUCCCGCGUCCCUCAUUCAGUAUCGAGCUGCGCAAGUUUCCCACAAUCUUGUCCUAUCUAGGUACCCUAAUUCUUGCAGAUCUCGAAAAGCAUUCAGGCACCAAUUCUAGUCAAUCCUCAUCUCCUCCAGCAUCGGCUGUACCAUUCCAUCACCUACACCCUCAGGUCGUCAAUAGACUGUCACCAUCGCCAUCACUACCAUUCAAGAUGAAGCUCCUAAUCCUGCCUAGCUUCUUACUGCCCCUGGUGGUUUGCAUACCUUCGGCAGCUAAGCUUGACACCAACGUUUCAUCUCGGGGUGCGAUGAUGCUCCCGGCUGAGCUUGCCCAGUUCGACUUCAAGGACCAGGUCUUGACAAAUAUCUGCGCCAACUGCAACCGAGCUGCCACUGCAGACCCCUACAACUGUACAAUUGACUUCGACUGGGAUGAUCCGAACUACAAUAAAUCUGCCCAUUGCAACGCAAAUUGGGAGUGGGACGGUGUCUCUUCGGGCCAUGGCCCUGACAGCGAAGGCUAUUUGGUCUGCCACGUCGACUUCCACGAGUACUGGCAAUUUGGGUUUACCCAAUUCACCAACGUGUUCGGCUUCAAAUGGACGUUGGGCCACAAGUGUGAGGAUACCGAGCGCUGGAAGCCGAGUACAGAGUACCCGCAGUUCUUCACCGAUUGCAACGGAACUCUGAACCCCGGUGGAAGAUCGGACAACAGCAUCGUUUUCGGGCAUCCGGGCCCGUUGUAUUUCGCGGUCAACGGUGUGGCUAUGUGA